AUGGAGAAGAUCUUGACUGGGUCCAACUUUGGACUCAAUGCGGUAAUCCGCGGCUUUCAGCUCACUGUCGUAGGAACUGUCCGGGCUCUGCAAAACCCUGAUCUCUUCAAGUCUGCGCAUUUCCGUCGAGCUGCCCGUGCUGUUGCCGUGGGAGUAGCCAUUGAGCUUAUCGUUCAGCUCAAUAUAAUCGCCCUUAAGUUUGGUUUGUAUAUCCUCUCAUGGAUAAUAAACUUGGACCAAGCAACGUGGGAUGACAAACUCCUGGACGGCAUGAAAUUCAUGUCCAACUCUGUGCUCCAAGUGCCAAUCCUCUUGAUGACCCUAAUGGGAUAUGUAACUCCCACCCUAGAUGAAAUUUUCAUGCAAUCCAUCGAGUGGGUUGACACGACCUACGUCCACAAGCACAAAUCUGAAAGCCCAGCUACUCUGCGUGCUAUGUACUACCCUAGCUUGGUCAUGUACCCAACCAAAGGCGAUGCCCCCUCACGACCAAAGUCAGAGGCUAUCAUGAUGUUUGUCCAUCGGUAUGCCAAGAAAAUGGGGAUGCUUUUUGGACUCUACCUGCUUUCUUAUUUCCCUGUCAUUGGUCGAUUCGUGAUGCCCGCAACAAGUUUCUUCACUUUUCGGAAGCGUGUUGGCACAGCUCCUGCUGCUGUCAUAUUCGGCGCGGGACUGAUCCUGCCCAAGGCAUAUCUUGUCAAAUUUCUUCACACCUACUUUGCAUCGACAAGUCUGAUGCGCGAGCUGCUUGCGCCGUAUUUCAGUCGCAUCAAAUUCACGCCCGAACAAAAGCGCCGCUGGGUUCGUGAUAGGGAGGGCGUUCUUUUCGGAUUUGCCUUUGCAUUUACGGUCAUACUCAAGAUUCCAUUCAUCGGUGUGCUCAUGUAUGGAGUUGCCGAGGCAUCUACGGCCUAUCUUGUCACCAAAAUCACUGACCCACCACCAACUCCUGCAGAGAGUGAAGGCUUUGCGGAGAGUCAAGUGACCUGGAAAAAUAAGCAUGACUUUCUCCGUCUACCUCUUAACAACAUCGAUAAGCUCAAUAUUGUUACAGACGAGGAUGAGGCCAAGAGUAGCUCCUCGACUCCUGGAAAGAAGUUCUCGAACUACUCUGCGACUCUAUGA